AUGUCAGUUUCAUUAAGGCCAAUUAAAGACGAGGACAAGGAAAGAUGGCUCGAGCUUUGGACAGGACCAGGAGGAUACAUUGAAUUUUACAAGUCACUUCACAAAUUAACUCCCGAAAUCUCCAAUGAAACAUUUAGAAGAUUUCUUGAUCCAAAUGAACCAGUUUACUCCGUGGUAGCUAUUGACGAUUCAACCGGCACUAUUAUUGGAUUUGCCAAUUACUUGACACAUAGAAAUACUUGGACUAUUGAAAAUGCCCUUUAUUUGAAUGAUUUGUUUGUUUGUUCCGACAAUAGAUUACAUGGUGUUGGCAGAAAGUUGAUUGAGUAUAUUUACUCUGAGGCUGAUAGAUUGAAUUGUAAGAAAUGCUACUGGUCUACUCAAUUUGAAAACCAUCGUGCUCAAUUACUAUAUACUAAAGUUGGUGUAAAGAGUGGAUUCUUAUUAUAUAGAAGACCAGAUUAG